AGGGGCAAACGUCAUCGUUUUGGGGUCAACUUUAUUUGCAUGGAUUAAAAAUAAAAUAAAAGCAAAUACAAGUCCUCUCCCACAAUCUCUCUCGUUACAAAUCCCAGACAUUCCUGCUCUGCUUUCACUUCGUAUUUUCCCGUCCGAUUUCGACAGCGCUCUCCCCUUAGCCCUUUAACCCGACCCGAUUAACACCCGCCCCACAGAUCCGAUCCAAUUCACCGAUCCUCCACAAGUUCAAGUCCCCGGUCGACUCCAAUCCCACUCCAAAUUCUUCCGUCAAACUCCGUCGUCUCGCCGGAGCUUCUUCCCUCAGCCUCCGAAGAUUCGAUUCUGACACUACUCCUCAGUUAUCAGCUUAAUCUUAACGAGCUGACGGCGUCGUUUCAGGACCAGCGAGCGAGGGGGUGCUUGAUCGGAGAUGACGUCGGGGACGCGAUUGCCGACGUCGAAGGAGAGAGAGAACAACAAGAGGAGAGAGAGGAGGCGGAGGGCCAUAGCGGCGAAGAUAUUUGCAGGCCUGAGGAUGUAUGGAAACUACAAGCUCCCGAAGCACUGCGACAACAAUGAGGUCCUCAAGGCUCUCUGCGACGAGGCCGGUUGGACCGUCGAAUUGGACGGUACCACUUACCGCAAGGGUUGCAAGCCGGUUGAACGCAUGGACGUGAUGGGUGGAUCCACAGUAGCUAGCCCAAGCUCGUCUUUCCACCCAAGUAAUUGUGCUUCGUACAAUCCCAGCCCAGGCUCUUCCUCCUUCCCAAGCCCAACAUCAUCUUCCUAUGCUGCUAAUCAAAAUGCUGAUAGCAGAUCCCUUAUCCCAUGGCUCAGAAACCUCUCAUCUGCAUCCUCUUCAGCCUCCUCUUCCAAACUACCAAACCUCUACGUCCACAGCGGCUCUAUCAGUGCUCCUGUUACCCCUCCAUUAAGCUCCCCAACUGCCAGGACGCCGAGAAUGAGAACUGACUGGGAUGACCAGUCUGCUCGCCCAGGUUGGGCUGCGCAGAAAUACCCCUUCCUGCCAUCUUCUACUCCACCAAGCCCUGGACGGCAGAUUGUUCCUGAUCCAGAAUGGUUUGCUGGGAUUCCGAUUCCCCAUGGACCAACUUCUCCAACAUUCAGCCUUGUCUCUUCAAACCCAUUUGGGUUUAAGGACGAGGUUUCAGCCGGUGGUGGAUCCCGCAUGUGGACUCCAGGGCAAAGUGGGACUUGUUCUCCUGCCAUUGCAGCUGGCUCCGAUCAUGCUGCAGACAUCCCAAUGUCUGAGGUGAUUUCUGAUGAGUUUGCAUUUGGAUGCAAUACAACAGGACUGGUUAAGGCAUGGGAAGGAGAGAAGAUUCACGAAGACUCUGGAUCAGAUGAUCUGGAGCUCACUCUUGGGAGCUCAAGAACAAGGUAAAAGACUGCACAAAGAAGUGAACUUGAAUCAUGUUACGUCCCAGAAAAAAGAUUGCACAAACUGAAAGAUCACUUGUUAGAGGAAAAACUUUGAUUCCUUGCCCGUGCUUUUCCAGAUAAAAGGGAAGAGAAAAAGGAGUCAGGGUGAGCACAAUCGAUCUCUCUUUUCCAUUUAUUUUAUCAGUUCUUCUUUCCUAGUUUUUAUUUUCUCCCAAGUCAUAUUUAGUUAGUUAUUUCAAGGUACAGGGUGGUUAUACAAUCCUUUGGGUCAUUGUUUAUUAGAACCUAAGUUUGAUUGGAAGGAAUCCAUGUACAUGUAUGAAUUGGCUGCUGCUGCUGCCUGUGUUGUGUGUUAUGCCAUUGAAAUUACUGUUCAAUGACCAAAGGGGAUUUAGGUUAUAGCUCGAUUGUCAAACCUUCUCCAAGAGUGAAUAGAUUUAUGGUGUUCUCUUCCA